UUUCCAGCUUUUUUCCAGCUUUUUCCCAGCUCUUCCCCGCCAUGUCCUACUACUACGAGCAGUGCAAGCAGCCCUGCCUGCCCCCCGCCAUCCUGGCGCAGAAAUGCGCCAAGUGCCCGCAGCCCUGCGCCACCCAAUGCGUCGAGGUGUGCCAGGUGCCCUGUGCCACCCAGUGUGCCACCAGCUGUGUCACCCAGUGCCCCGAGCCCUGCGCCCCGCAGUGCGUGGACGUUUGUGCCACCCAGUGUGCCACCAGCUGUGCCCCGCAGUGCGUGGACGUUUGUGCCACCCAGUGUGCCACCAGCUGUGCCCCGCAGUGCGUGGACGUCUGCGCCCCGCAGUGCGUGGACGUUUGUGCCACCCAAUGUGCCACCAGCUGUGACACCCAGUGUGCCACCAGCUGUGCCCCGCAGUGCGUGGACGUUUGUCCCACCCAAUGUGCCACCAGCUGUGACACCCAGUGUGUCACCAGCUGUGCCCCGCAGUGCGUGGACGUGUGCCCGGCCCAGUGCCCCGAGCCCUGCGUCACCAAGUGCGUGGAGCAGUGCCAGGCCGAGGUGUGCAGCACCAAGUGCGUGGAGUCGUGCGAGACCGUGUGCCUGAAGCCCUGCUGAUCCCGAUCCCGAUCCCGAUCCCGAUCCUGAUCCCGAUCCCGCGGAUCGGCUCCGGUGAAGAACACGGCGCAGACCCAUCGGCGACGCAAUUCCCACUUUGAUCUUCCUGCGGUUUUGUCUCGGAAAAUGUUUUGUCUCUGAGUGUUCCCCGUGUUU